CCACAGGUUCCCCCUAAAGGACUCCAAACGACUGAUCCAGUGGUUAAAAGCCGUUCAGAGGGAUAAUUGGACCCCCACUAAGUAUUCAUUCCUCUGCAGUGAGCAUUUCACCAAAGACAGUUUCUCCAAAAGACUGGAGGACCAGCAUCGCCUGCUGAAGCCCACAGCUGUGCCCUCUAUUUUCCACCUGUCGGAGAAGAAGCGGGGGGCUGGAGGCCAUGGCCAUGCUAGGAGAAAGACCACAGGGACCAUGAGAGGCCACACAAGCUCAGCAACAGGGAAAGGAACUGUAGGUCCCUCACUGCCCUCAAAUGAUAACUCGAUGGCGAAGCCUGAGCCCCGAAAGUUGAAGCGAGCUUCUCCACAAAGUGAUGCAGCUGCCAAGGCCACCACAGGUGCUGCCAGUCAGGAGCAGGGGCAGUCCCAAGAGAGAACUCCAGGAGCUGAACUGGCCACCCCACUGACCCAAAGCCCGGAAGAAUCAGAAGUAUCGACUACAGUGUCUGACCAGCAGAAGGCCUCUUCCUCUCAUGAUGCAGGCGGGGCAGACAAGAGUGGUAUCUCCAUGGACGACUUCACACCUCCAGGGUCUGGAGCUUGCAAGUUCAUUGGCUCACUUCAUUCUUAUAGUUUCUCCUCCAAGCACACUCGAGAGAGGCCAGCUGUCCCCCGUGAGCCCAUUGACCGAAAGAGGCCGAAGAGAGAUACAGAGCCAAGGUGCAGUGGGAAUAGUGUGGCCCAGAGUCCUCCAAGUUCCUCACUUACAGCAACCCCUCAGAAGGCUUCCCAGAGCCCCUCUGCGCCUCCUACUGAUGUAACCCCAAAGCCAGCUGCGGAAGCCGUGCAGAGUGAGCACAGUGAUGCCAGUCCUAUGUCUAUCAAUGAGGUCAUCCUGUCUGCCUCCGGGGCCUGCAAGCUCAUCGACUCACUGCACUCCUACUGCUUUUCGGCUCGGCAGAAUAAGAGCCAGGUAUGCUGCCUGCGGGAGCAGGUAGAAAAGAAGAAUGGAGAGCUAAAGAGCCUGCGGCAGAGGGUCAGCCGCUCUGACAGCCAGGUCCGAAAGCUGCAGGAGAAGCUGGACGAGCUGAGGAGAGCAAGUCUCCCCUACCUCCCCUACCUAAGUGGCCUGCUGCCCCCCAGCCACGAGCCUCCCAAGAUGAACCCAGUCGUGGAACCGCUGUCCUGGAUGCUGGGUACCUGGCUGUCAGACCCACCAGGAGUUGGUACCUUUCCGACUCUGCAGCCCUUCCAGUACCUGGAGGAGGUGCACAUCUCCCAUGUGGGCCAGCCUAUGCUCAACUUCUCGUUCAAUUCCUUCCAUCCAGACACACACAAGCCAAUGCACAGAGAGUGUGGCUUCAUCCGCCUCAAGCCUGACACUAACAAGGUGGCCUUUAUCAGUGCCCAGAACACAGGGAUUGUGGAAGUGGAGGAGGGUGAAGUGAACGGGCAGGAGCUCUCUAUCUCAUCCCAUUCCAUCUCCAGGAUCUCCUUUGCUAAGGAGCCCCAUGUGGAGCAGAUUACUCGAAAAUUCAGACUGAAUUCUGAAGGCAAACUUGAACAGACAGUUUCUAUGGCAACCACUACACAGCCAAUGACUCAGCAUCUUCACAUUACCUACAAGAAGGUGACCCCCUAACUUGGAGCAGCAACCAGAGCCUGGGGAGGAGCCUGGCUCCUGCAUCUAGCCCCCAGUUUAGUAGACAUCUCCGCAGACAUGGUGUGGCCACAGGCUCUGCUGACACAGAACUGUUGUCCAGAUGAUCUUGUAAUGGCAUAGAAAACCAAAUAAAAGGCCUUUAUUUUUAUGGCUGAGGAUUUUGAAUAUUA